AAUUUGAUCUGUGAAAACCCAAUGUGACGGCAAUGACGAACGAGUAGAGUUUCGUGUUAUUGAACACCAGCGCGAUGGCUAGUGACGUGUCCUCUAAAGUGCUUGUUUUGUUGGUAACAUACUUGGUUGUGAAAGUGCAUGCUUUUCCCGAUGAUGAAGGUUGCAUAGGAAUUAGGGAAUGCCCAGCAGCCUUGAAGCACGUCAAAAACGCGAAGAAUAACAACGAAAGUUUGAAAAUCCUGAGGAGAGCACACUGUGGUUUCAACGGAAAAGUUCCAAUUGUUAAAUGUAGUACCAUUCCUGAUUUGCCAGACUCUGACAGUGGGACGGGUUGCAUUCGUUUACAAGAUUGUCCCAAAGCUGUUAGGAUUAUACAUCAGGGUGUGUUUGAUCCUGUAGUGGUGAACUUGUUUCGGUCUGUACACUGUGGGGCGCAAAAAAUGCAUCCUAUGAUUUAUUGCCACAAACUCAGUCCAGUACCGUCCAUGAGAGUGUAAGCGUAUAAUGUGCAACGAAUAAUUUAAUUUAUAAAAAUUUCAGUUGUUGAAUCACGGCACGAUGAUUCAAACUAUUCUUAUAGGUACAGGUUUCAAAUGAAAGUUGGUAUUUAUAAGUAUUUUUACAGUGUAUUAGUAUUUUAGUCUAGGUUAUGUCGGUUUUUGUUUUGUAGAUAAUUUGAUUUUG